AUGGUUCAUCAUUGGAUACUUUCUUUACAAAUAAAUAAUAAUUUUUUUCCUUUUAGUUUUACAAAAAAGUCUAUAAAAACCGUUGUAAACGAAUCCCCUCCCUUUCUCUCUGAAUUGGAUGUUGAAAAAAACUUGUUGCAAUUCGUCUUUAUUAUUCUCUCACCUCUCAGAUUGAAAGAAAUGUCUGAGUUGAUGGAGCAAUAUAGUGAAUUUUAUGAAAGUGAAUAUGCUCAAUCACCUCCUGCCUAUGUUCUCUGCAUGCUUAGCAAAAAAAUACGAUGGAAGCCAAAAGAUGUGAAUGGAUUUGGCCUUUAUUUGGCUGGGAACAAUAAGCUCCUUACUGAGCAACGUCUCACUGAUGAAGAUGUUCUCAUUUUAUUCAUGGUCCUGAAAAACUCAUCCAUUUUUGUUGUGAUAAAUCUCAGUUAUAAUAACUUGGGAGACAAAUCAGCCCAAGCAAUUGCUGCCUAUUUACAGGAAAAUACCACAUUACAGAAGAUGAAUUUAAUGUGCAAUGAAAUUGAAGAAGAAGGAGCAGAGGCCCUGGCUAAAUCAUUUGGGGUAGUAAGUGAUUUCUUAUCUAUCUAUAUGUCUAUCUAUAUAUCAUUUUAUCUAUCUCUGUAUGCACAUAUCUAUCUAUCUAUCUAUCUAUCUAUCUAUCUAUCUAUCUAUCUAUCUAUCUAUCAGUACAUGUCUGUUUGUCUGUCUAUUGAUCUAUCUGUGUACAUUUUUGCUCAGAGGAAUCGAACUCUUCAGACUCUUAUAAUGAAUGGCAACAAAAUUGGGAAAAAAGGAGCCCUGGCAUUUGCUCAGGUUUUACAAAUUAAUACAGGCUUGAAGGAAUUGGAUCUUGGUCACACGGAUCAGACCAUCGACAGUGUCAUUGCUUUGGCAGUAGUGUUAAAUUUUACCAAUUCCACCCUUUUGAAUUUGAACAUCAGUCGACCUCUGCUGAAAGGUCAAGACCAAGAAUGUGCCACUGUUCAUAUUGGCCAGUUAUUGAAGAACAACAAAACCUUAAAAGAAUUGCAUUUAGCAAAAGUUGAUAUUCGUGAUUUUGGAGCUACAAGAAUAUCAGAAUCAUUGAUAUAUAACACAACUCUGACACAUCUUGAUCUGAGCAGUAAUCGAAUUGGAGAGGAUGGUAUCAAGGUUUUGGGUGAUGCCAUUUCAACCAGUAAUUGUCUGAAAUAUUUGGACAUCGGCUACAACAGAAUCAAGGACCCGGGAGUCAAGUACAUUGCAGAAAUGUUAGAAAGAAAUACUUCUCUGAAAACGCUUGUCCUUGUCUAUAAUUGUUUUGGUAGUCCUGGAUUGCUUUCACUUAUUUCAACUUUGAAAGAUUCUAAUGAUACUCUAACUGCUCUCUUUAUUUGGGGUAAUGAAUUCAAUCCUGAUGCCAGCAAGGAAGUUGCUCAGCUUCUCAAAAACAACCGUCUGCUGUCAGAGAACAUUGAUGUGAUGCCUUAUCAAGUUGAUGGCUUCUACUAUUUAAGUCAGUUGAAUCACCAUCCCAACCGACAUUUCUACUGGGCUCCCAGCUAUGGAGAUGAUGUACCUCACUUUCAGAUUUAUGGAGACGGCAUUAAAAAAAGGCCGGCAUUUAAUUUGCAUUUUAAAUCCCUGCGUUGA